GGGACCUCAAAGCCACAGCUGAGCGAUGUCGAAAACGAAGAAGCAGCUGUUAUCAUCAGCACCAUGGAGAGGCGACGACCAACAGCAGGAGGACAAGUUCCAAGACGCCAGGCUCAGGGCCACCAAGCAGCCAGGUUCUGCCUCCACCAUGUACGUUCCUCGCAAGAAGAGUGUUAAAACGCGCCCAAACGACAAGGACGACGACGACGACCAGUCCCUCUCUGAGAUUGAUCCUGAACUUCGCUACAGCUUCCAGCGUAAUUUUCAGUUUCUUCAACGAGUGUUUAGUAUUGACACCAUUGUGAAACCUCUUCCCCCUGCCAUGGCAUAUAAUGUUUCUCGCAACUUGAGCUUCUUCACGCGAAUUUUCACUCAGUUCUUUGAUCCUGAAGGUAUUGCAAAUGCCCAGAAAUCACUUGGACUUGGACAAGAAGAGAAAGUUCGCCGAGUGCGUUGAAAAUCCUGUAGUGAAAGUGCAUAGCCUCCUUUCUAUUCCAGACUGUAUUUUGUUUUUGAUUUCACUGGAUAACAUUUGACAUGUAGUUUCUUCAGAAAAGAAAUUGAGACUCUAUCUCUAUCAUCUCUCACUUAGGCAGUUGAAUUCUCCAUUGGAAGAGGGUUUAAAGUAUCAGUGGAUUUUUGCAUUUUGAAUUCUUA